AACAAGUUUGAGAUUCACGUUUUGUGGGCGCAACGCAGCACGUGUCAAGCGAUACACUGUGGAUUUUUGACAAUUUCAUCUCAAUAUUUGGUUUUUAUAGGAGUACUUUAUUUCCUUUGAUGAAGACGAGCCGCAGUUUGACUUGAUGGACGCGUGUCAUGAUGAUUUGAAGAGGAGAAAGGUGUUUAUUCAUGCUCGCUAGCUAACUGCGUGAAGCUAACGUUAGCCGAGCCGGAGGACAACAUGUUCAGACUUGUUCCCAGACUCGCUGUGAGAGUGGAGAGACAACGACAUACAGACAAUAAGAAAGCCUCGCAGCUGCUAUAAUUAUUUUAGGACGUAUAGAAAUGGAUUACCAGUUUCCACAGCAGCUUUUUCCUUCUUUUUAUAACUGCGGACCUCCGGACUCAGCCCUGAAACACCGCGCUGGAAGCUGGGGCUGUUAUGACCGAGUGAGAGCUCAGAGUCAUGCUGGUCCUCUCUCCAGCUGGACCUUUACAUCCAGGCAUCAGGUCAAAGGGGAGACAUGGCGUCACACUGAGCCGGUAACGAUUCCCCUCCUGUCCCCGAAAAAAUCUGUCCUUUGGCCUUCAACGCCUCCAAAUCCGCUGGACUUCAGAGAACAUAUGCAGAACUUCUUCAUGGAUCACUGUCAGGACGCCUUUGGGUGCACGAGUGAACUUCUAGGGGAAAACUUCUACUUCAAACAUGGAAGGAAAGCGCAAUAUCGUAAGGAUUCAGUCCACAUGUGGAAAGUGAAGAAGUUCCUCGACAUAAUGAAUUUAAAAAUAUGUCAAAGGACUUAUUCGUCUGAAACUCUGGACAGGUACAGCGCCCUGCUGUCCGACGCCGUGCACUCUGUCCCUCCUGAUCUGCUCGGCGAUCUUCUGCACGAGGAGUUGACGGAGCAGAGGGACCGUCUCCUUUUCUCUGAAGGAGCCACAGGGGGUGCUCUGGCCUUUGUUCCCUUCUCACAGAGCUGCAGUGACUCCCAGCACGGCUGCCUCAUCUACCCCAGAAACCAGGGACUGGACUGCCUCAACUUCCACAGAGUGGAGCUGCAGAACCACAGAGGGGGUUCCUCUUGUGUGGACACUAGCAGCAGCAGCCCGUUCAGCUUCCAGCUUAAAGGCCCCGUCAGACAGAUCAGCUCGGUCUCCCUGUUGAACCAAAGUUGUGUUGCUGUGCGGUCGGAUUAUCUGUGUGGAGUUUGGAGGUUGAGUGAAACAAACGAACCUUGUCUGCUGCAAGCGGUCAACACCAAAGAGGUCGCAACAUGCAUCAGCGUUAGUCCUCAUGUUUUAGGUGAAGUCCUGGUGGCAAGUGAGAGCGGAGCAGUAAACCUGUGGACUGUCGGCAGAGGGAUGCAGAAGGUCCGGGAGGAAGACAGCAACCUGUACUUUAACGCUAAGUCAGCAUGGCGAUGGUGCGAAUUCUCCGCCCACCCGAGGGUGAUGCUGUACGCAGACAGGACCGGGGUCGAGCUCACCGACAUCAGGGGAAGUCCUUUCGUGGGUCACACACUGUUUCGUAUCAGCAACACUUCAGAGUGUCGCAGCGGGGAGAGACUCAUUCUGUCCAAAUAUCUGGGAGACGCUCACUGCUUCCACCACCUUGUCACCACUCAGUAUUCAGCCUACAUCAUGGACGAGCGUUUCCCUGGGGUCCCCAUGCUGAAGUGGGAUCACUAUAUGCAGUCCCCGCCCAUGUUUUGUCACCUUAUUCCUGGCUCCGCCUCCUCUGAAUCAGCAGUGGGCGGGGCUGUGACCACCAAAGUUCUGUUGGGCUCUCACAGUUCUCAGGAAAUCACACUGCUGCAGUACUCAGGAGGCAGAGUGGAGGCUUCUUCCAGUCAUGGUCCUCCUCAGUCUCUGCUCAGACCCAGAGACAGCCUGAAACACCUUCCUGUCCAGAUCCCUCACCGCUGUGAAUUUGCAACCAACAGAUUGUCAUCGCCUGCAGCAGGUCUGACUUGUAUCCAGAUGAAAGGAGGAAAAGAAGCAGGUGCUGAAGAGCGCCUUUGUAUCAUACAGCUUACAGAAGCAGGAGAUAUUUUCUAUCAGAUCCUCGAGCCAGAGCAGCCAGACAUGUCUUCACCUCCAGCAGCAGAGGACAAACCUUUAUCCAACAAACUCCCACAACAACCUCUAAAGGAGGCCGCAACACCAGGGAGAAAAACAGCAGCAGGUUCUAAGCUGGUCGUGUCGGAAACGUCGAGCGAUGAGGAUGUAAUUGAGCCGACUCAGGCUGCAAUUGUGAACAUGUUUGUAAACGAAACACCAGAGAGAAAACAACAAGAAUCCUCUGAUUCUUCUUCUGAGGAUUCAGUGUCAGGAGGGCGGAGAAAUCGAAAACUGAUGCGGUUGAAGCUGCAGGGUGUUGUCAAUGAUGAACCGGAGCCAGAUCAAAGAAAUGGGUUUGAUAAGGAGGCCGAAGAAGGAAACAUUGGUGAAAAUAAUCUGGAGAAGCCUGAAAGCAUCACGGAAACAGUCAGCUCGAGCAGCUUAAGUGGUGAUGGUCAGACUCGGGUAAAGCUCAGUGACAACGCUCUUGCCAAAUGGAAACAUUGGCUCAUGAAAUUGGUGCAAAAGAAUCGUGAAAAGAAGCCCCGUUCACACUGCCGCCAGCACUUAACAGUCCCAGUCGAAGGCCUCCUCCAACCGCCAGAUAAUCGAGAGAGAGAUUCUGCAGAAGAAGAGCGCAUUCAGAGCCUGAGGCGAGAUCUUAGGGCGUGCAUGUCCAGACGCUCACUGCUGGUUCACAGCGCCGUCUCAGACUCCAUCACGGCUCCUGACAUAAAACCGGUUCCUGACCCGGUGGACACAGACACCUACAUGGAUCAGCUGAGCCAGCGCCUGACACUCUCCUGGCAGGGCGAGGAGGCGUGGCGGGCCUGGUGGGAGGACAAUUUGGGGCUCAACAGGGAGAAGAAGGUGGCAGAUCUGAGGAGGAAGAGGAGGACGGAAAAGGCGGCGAGGAGAGCUUCAGGGCAACGCAUGGAUCUGUCUGGGAGCUUCGCCUCGUCUAUGAGCUACCAGGCAGAGCUCUCAGACUUCUCUGAUUCGCAGGGCUGGGCCUAUGCGACAAGUCAGGAAGCUUUAUCAGAACCAGAGUCCAUCUAUGCCCAGUCAGAGGGAAUUGAGGAGAGUGGAACACCAAAAGCCACAACACCCUCCAUAAUGCAAAAUGACGGUCCGGAUCCUGGUACACCUCAAAGUUUCAGAGAUAAACCAGAUGAGCAGCAGACUCCCAGAAGCUCCCUCACCCAACCCCAGACACCAAGACUGAACUCCACCUGGCAAACUGACGAUCCAGUUCCUGCUACACCUCAAAGUGUCAGAGAGAAACCAGAUGAGCAGCAGACUCCCAGAAGCUCCCUCGCCCUCACCCAACCCCAGACACCAAGACUGAACUCCAUCUCACAAACUGAUGGUCCAGUUCCUGCUACACCUCAAAGUGUCAGAGAGAAACCAGAUGAGCAGCGGACUCCAAGAAGCUCCCGCAUCCUCACUGUCAACCAACCCCAGAAAUCAAGACUGAACUCCACACCAACCAGUCAGAGGAAGAACAAACGUCCAGCAGAGGAUGUCCUCAAAUCUCUGUUUGCACCACAGAUUGAGCCCUCGCAGCAUGAUAGUUUCUACCUAGAUGAGGGGAGCAGCCUGCACCCCGCUCCUCCACCUGUAGCCUCCUCCUCCUUUCAGCUCCACGGCUCCCAGUUUCUCUCUCAGCAGAGCUUCAGGGCGAACUUGUCUCAGGAUUCCUCCGCCUGGUCCCAGUCUCGGACCUUCUCCCAGAGUUCACAGGGGCGACUGGGGCCUUCGCAGGCGUCGCAACCAAAGAAGAAGAAGUCUCGGAUGGGAUUCUGAUUCAGUGGUGGAGUUUAUUUUCGUUUGGAAUACUUGUUGUUCGAUUGCAGGUCAAGGAAGGUUUGAUUCCUGGUGUCAGCGGUCUUCAGCCGCCUAUAAAAUGGAUGUAUGAUGGUUUUCUUCACUGGGAUUGUACCUGACAACCUGAACUUGCACACUGGAUAUUAACCUGGAGGUCUUCAUGUUUGAAAGAAUCACAUGAUGAAGAACAUCUGGAGGCUGAAAAGGACUGACUGCAUACUGGUUUGGUAGGAUUCAGACAAAUUUAUUAUCUUUUGUUUUGUGGUCGUGUCUCCUGUGUGUUAUGGUGAUACCCUGAAUGUGUGCGCUGAUGUUUCCACGAUUUCUGUUUAACAUUCACAACACUGUUACUAUCGUAAAGUUAGAAGUGUGGAAAGGAUAAAUGGACUGGAGUUCAGCAGGAACUCAAACAGGGACACAGCUGGAAAUUUUAACACCUAAAAGGACAGAGGAGCUUUCAAAUCAAUGUAAAGAUAGAAAAGCAGUCACUAAAGAAUGUAAAAAAAAAAAAAAAACUAGACUAGCAUUAAAGAAGGAACUGCUCAGGA